AUGCUCUCGCUCCGCCUAAACAUGGCUGCGGCCUUGCGAACCGCGGGUGCUCUGCUCCGCGAUCGAAUGGCGCCUGGCAGCUCAAGGGCUCGACAGCCAUGGAGGUGCCAAUCAGAUGCAGCAGCUGCAGCAGUAGCCAGCACAGAAACAGCCCAAAGUGCCAGAAGCCCAAAGCCUCAAGUUCAACCGGGGAAGAGGAAACCGAAGACUGGAAUACUGAUGCUGAACAUGGGGGGCCCUGAAACCCUCGCAGAUGUUCACGACUUCCUCCUGAGACUCUUCUUGGACCGAGACCUAAUGACACUUCCUAUUCAAAAUAGGCUGGCUCCAAUCAUCGCCAAACGUCGAACCCCCAAAAUCCAGGAGCAGUACCGCAGGAUUGGCGGUGGAUCCCCCAUCAAGAUGUGGACCUCCAAGCAAGGAGAAGGCAUGGUGAAGCUGCUGGACAAGAUGUCCCCACACACAGCCCCUCACAAAUACUAUAUUGGAUUCCGGUACGUCCACCCUUUAACAGAAGAAGCAAUUGAAGAGAUGGAGAGAGAUGGGCUUGAAAGGGCUAUUGCUUUCACACAGUACCCACAGUACAGCUGCUCCACCACAGGUAGCAGCUUGAAUGCCAUUUACAGAUACUAUAAUCAAGUGGGAAAGAAGCCCAUGAUGAAGUGGAGCACAAUCGACAGGUGGCCCACGCAUCCCCUCCUCAUUCAGUGCUUCGCAGACCACAUUCGGAAGGAGCUAGACUGUUUUCCACCAGAGAAGAGAAGCGAGGUGGUCAUUCUUUUUUCCGCCCACUCACUGCCAAUGUCUGUGGUCAAUAGAGGGGACCCGUAUCCUCAGGAGGUGGGCGCCACUGUCCAGAAAGUCAUGGAGAAGCUGGGUUACUCCAACCCCUACCGGCUGGUUUGGCAGUCCAAGGUUGGUCCGAUGCCCUGGCUGGGUCCUCAGACAGACGAGACCAUCAGAGGGCUUUGCGAGCGGGGCUGGAAGAACAUCCUCCUGGUCCCCAUCGCGUUCACCAGCGAUCACAUUGAAACUCUGUAUGAACUGGACAUCGAGUACUCUCAGGUUCUAGCUAACGAGUGUGGAGUUGAAAACAUCAGAAGAUCCGAGUCUCUUAAUGGAAAUCCAUUGUUCUCUGAGGCCCUGGCCGAUUUGGUGCACUCACACAUCCAAUCAAACGAGCUGUGCUCCAAGCAGCUGGUUCUGAGCUGCCCGCUCUGCGUAAAUCCUGUCUGCAGGGAGACUAAAUCCUUCUUCACCAACCAGCAGCUGUGA